ACUGUCAAAGUGUCAUUAACUUAAAAGCUUAAAAACAGAACGUGGGAUACUGUGAAAAAUUAACCAAAAUUAACUUAAAACGGGUAAUUGUAAAAAGAAGUUUGAUUUUGAAGUAUAUUUCGCUUUUUGCAAUAGUUACGUAAUAUAAUUUAGCACAAUGCCUAAAGCCACAAAGUUACACAGCAAGGGCAAGCCAAACUCUAUUCAAAAGUCUUGCAAACCCGACAAGGAAGGAACGGACGGCGGAAACCCUGAGGAUUCAAUAAGAGACUUCCAACUGCAACUGUGCUGGUGCAUCCAGCAGUUAGAAAAGACGUUAGCUGACAAAAAAGGAAAUGAAAAACAAUUACAAGAAGCCUGGAAAGUCCUAACAGUAUUAAAGAACAACAAUCAACCAAUGAUAAGAAAAAGGCAGUUAAUGCGAACACAUUUUGGAGACUACAGAGCAAAAAUGGCAGCAGAGGAGAAGAAAUUAGCCAAAAUGGCGAGCAAAAUAAAGAUAUCUGAAAGCCCCGUACAGCCAAAAGCUACAUUUUUACGAAAGUCGGCUUUCCUAACCACUGGAAAUAACUCUUUUACAUUCAAUUUUGCUAUACCAAAGGAUUUAAUGGACAAUGAUAAAACUAUUGACCAAAAUAAAAAUUGUGAUUCUGUAGUAAAUAAUGUAGCUGACAACACUGCUUCGACAAGUGCAAGUGUUGUCAUAGAUGAAAAUAAAGAUUCCAAUUUAAAAAUCGAACAUAAAAAGAAUGCUAUAUUUGCUGCUUCAGGUUCUGAUUUUAAAUUCAAUUUUUUAAUAGAUGAUGCUUAAAUACUUCAAUUUCGACAGAAAAUAAAAUACUUUUAUAAUCUUAGGUUCUCAAGUAACUGUUGUAAUUUUAUUGGUGCAACUUUAUUUUUAUUGUAACAUGAAAUGAAUUAUGAAGAGUAAAGACUAUACAAGAAAACACUGUUCUCUGAAAAAUAAUUGAAAUUAAAUUAAAUUAUUUUAUUUGUAAUCUAAAUUAAUUUGUUACAAUGAAACUCAAAGUUACAACAAUACACUUUAGUCGUAAGUUCAAGGAAAUAAAUUUUUAUAAAAUUA